AUGGCAGACUCAAGAGGUUCGUCCGCCCCGGACCUCGACAUUCUAGGUGAUCAAGUUACGCUUCACCCCAGCGGAUAUGUCGAACCCCCGCAACGGCCUCAAGACCGAGACAAGGAGCAGAAUCUCGUAGAACACAUGGCGAGAUUUAGAACAAGUCCCCUAGAGUUCCUGCGCGAAGUCUCUCUCCAUGUCUCAGGCACAGGCUGGCGCGCCUACGACCACUUCAUCGGCCAGCCCAUCUUUUAUAACGGUUUCUCGGACAACAUGACAGCAGCCGUCCUCUCCACACCUAUCCUGCAGAAAAAGAUUACGGAAUUGGCGGAAAAGCGCAUAGCGUUUGAAGAAAAAGAAGGGCUUCUCAGACUCGACGACCCAUCAUAUGCGGCGAAGAAGACGCAGAGGAAGAAUGUGAUUGAGCAUAGUCUGCAAGAACUGUGCGAGAAGAUGACGGGGGAUAUGAUAUGCAAGAUGGAGAGUCGGCCGUUUAUAAGGGGGGCGUAUUAUUUGUGUACGCAGCUGUUGACCAGGGCUUAUCAUCAGGGCAUUCAUGUCUCGAGUGAGGAGGUACUGAGAUUAAGAGCUGUCGCUGAGGAGGCAGAGAAGAACAAGCAGAGUAUUAUUUUCUUGCCUUGUCAUCGGUCGCAUGUGGACUAUGUUUCUCUACAGCUUAUUUGCUAUCGUUUGGGCCUGGCGCUUCCUACUGUGGUUGCGGGAGAUAAUUUGAAUUUCCCUGUUGUGGGAAGCUUUUUGCAACAUGCCGGAGCCAUGUGGAUUCGACGAAGUUUCGGUGACGAUGUUUUAUACACGACUCUGGUUCAGUCUUAUAUAGAUACACUGCUGCAAGGCGGUUUCAAUUUCGAAUGUUUCGUCGAGGGAGGGCGUUCAAGAACCGGAAAGCUUUUACCGCCCAAGUUUGGCAUUCUGGGUUUUAUCUUGGACAGUAUCCUAUCGGGGCGGGUAGAGGACGCCAUCAUCUGUCCUGUAAGCACACAGUACGACAAAGUUAUAGAGACGGAAGGAUACGUUACAGAAUUACUUGGAGUGCCCAAGAAGAAGGAGAAUUUGGCAGAUUUUCUCUCGGCAUCGUCGAUUUUGUCAUUGAAGCUUGGCCGCGUGGACGUGAGAUUUCAUAAACCGUGGAGUCUGCGUGAUUUCAUACGAGAACAGCAAGCUCGGACAAUUGGCAUUCCUCCCGUUAUCGAUGAUCACGCCACAAGACAGAAGCUCUUACGUACGAUGGGCUACAAGAUUCUUUCCGAUAUCAAUGCAGUUUCAGUUGUGAUGCCGACAGCUUUGAUUGGGACGGUGCUUCUAACCCUGAGGGGGCGUGGUGUCGGUAUGGCCGAGUUAAUACGCCGAGUUGAAUGGUUGAGCGAACGUGUCAGGGCAAAGGGAGGUCGAGUUGCCCAUUUUGGAAAUGCUCCAACCGUAGUCGUGAUCGAGCGUGGUCUUGAGGUCUUGGGCAAGGACCUUGUUGGACUGGUAGAAGGUCUCCCAGAACCGACGUAUUAUGCGGUGGAUAGAUUCCAGUUGUCCUUCUACCGGAAUAUGACUAUUCAUUUGUUCAUUGCAGAAGCUUUGGUCUGCGCGAGCAUGUAUACUCGCGUCAAGCGGGGUGGUGGACCCGCAAAUCAGAGGAUAUCCUACGAUGAACUCCGCAGUCAGGUAUUAUUCUUGUCGCAGUUGUUUCGAGGGGAAUUCAUUUAUCCAACAGAAGGGCUAGCUGCGAAUCUAGACAAUACUCUUCGAGCUUUUGAAGCAGACAAGAUUGUUGAUCUGGUCCGAGACAGCGAGGGCAAGAUCACAGCGGUUGACUUGUCGGAUGUUGAGCGAGCUGCGGGUCGUGAGAACUUUGACUUCUACUGUUUUUUGAUCUGGCCUUUCGUUGAAGCUUUUUGGUUGGGUGCUGUGGCCCUUAUGGGCUUCGCGCCUCCUAAGACAUAUCAAGGUGACGGGUGGUUACCUGUCAAGAAGUGUCAAGACAGUGCACAAUUGCUUGGCAAAUCUCUAUACCACCAAGGCGACCUCUCAUAUUUCGAGGCUGUCAAUAAAGAGACCCUGAAGAAUGCAUGGACACGAUUUGAAGAAGAGGGUAUAAUCCUUGUAGCCAAAAGCAGAAACUCAAAAGUUCAGCCAAAGGCCAAGCUAGCCCCUGAGUGGGAAUCAACUAGAAACCCAGAAAAUGACCUCCUUGUCCCGGAAGGCAGAUUAUGGGAUUUCGCAGAGAAGAUAGCUCAAUCUAGACGGGAGGGCAAAAAUAGGAGGGAUGGCGCUACGGUAUCAACUAGAGUUCUUAGGUUGACGGAUACGAUUGGGCAGGCAUUAUACUCUGAGUCUAUGGCAGAUGCGAGGAUGACAGAAGAGGAUAAAGCGUUGUUGAAGAAGCAGCAAAAGAGGCGACAAGCAAUGAAAGCGAGAGCGCAUUUAUGA